AUGGCAUGCCGACGUCGAAGCUUCGGCCAGAGGGCCGUGGGGCGCAUACCUAGGAAUCGGCUGGAGGGACACAAUCGAUUGUACAACGACUACUUUGCUGAGUCCGCAGUGUACCCCGACUACAUUUUUCGGCGCAGGUUCAGGAUGAAACACGAUCUGUACUGCAAGAUUGUGAGGGAGGUGGAGGACCAUGACCCGUGGUUCAAGCAAAGGAGGAACGCUGCCGGAGAGCUUGGGCUAUCACCCCUGCAAAAAGUAACUGCCGCUUUCCGUAUGUUAGCUUACGAUGCUCCUGCAGAUUCUCUCGACGAGUGCCUCUGGCUAGGGGAGAGCACCAUCAUCGAGAGCAUGAGGCGUUUCGUGCGGGCCAUUGUCGAGGUGUUCGGUGACGAGUACCUCCAGGCGCCGAACGAGGAGGACACUGCUCGAUUGCUGGAUAUGAACCAGCGUCGAGGGUUCCCCGGGAUGCUUGGAAGCAUCGAUUGCAUGCACUGGAGGUGGAAGAACUGUCCCACGGCGUGGUCCGGUUCGUUCAGGGGCCAUGUCAAUGCACCGACUAUCAUUCUAGAGGCUGUGGCGUUGCAGGACCUAUGGAUUUGGCAUGCCUUCUUCGGGAUGCCAGGUUCAUUGAACGACAUCAAUGUGCUGCACCGGUCUCAUCUCCUUGACAACCUUGCUGGGGGAGUAGCACCCAAGGUCCAAGUUUGUACAGAUAAAUAG